ACAAAUGGCCAAAGCAGCAGUGUGAGGCAAUCGUUCUAUCCUUGACCCCUUCCUUUGUACAUUGAGUGAUGGCGUUUUUAUCUCGAUGAUGAUGCACAGCCUUCAGCGGGGGGUAUUUAAGACGCAGAACACCAGGUCCAGGCUGCAGCUGCGGCACUCAGAGGUGAAGCUUGAGGGGCUCCAGAAGGACGAAAAAGCAGCAGCAGCCCCACCACUGCCACAUCUGCCAGGAAACAAUGCUGCUAGCGACAUUCAAGCUGUGUGCCGGGAGCUCCUACAGACACAUGCGCAACAUGAAGGGGCUGAGGCAACAGGCUGUGAUGGCCAUCGGCCAGGAGCUGAACCGGAGGGCCCUGGGGGGCCCCACUCCUAGUGCAUGGAUUAACCAGGUUCGGCGGCGGAGCUCUCUGCUUGGUUCUCGGCUGGAAGAGACUCUCUACAGUGACCAGGAGCUGGCUUAUCUCCGACAGGGGGAGGAGGCCAUGCAAAAAGCCUUGGGCAUCCUAAGCAAUCAGGAGGGCUGGAAGAAGGAGAGCCAGCAGGACAAUGGGGACAAAGUGAUGAGUAAAGUGGUCCCAGAUGUGGGAAAGGUGUUCCGGCUGGAGGUCGUGGUGGACCAGCCCAUGGAGAGGCUCUAUGAAGAGCUCGUGGAACGCAUGGAGGCCAUGGGGGAGUGGAACCCCAGUGUCAAGGAGAUCAAGGUCCUGCAGAAGAUUGGAAAAGAUACAGUCAUUACCCAUGAGCUGGCUGCAGAGGCAGCAGGAAGCCUGGUGGGGCCCCGUGACUUUGUGAGCGUGCGCUGUGCCAAGCGCCGAGGCUCUACCUGUGUGCUGGCUGGCAUGGCCACAGACUUCGGGAACAUGCCUGAGCAGAAGGGUGUCAUCAGGGCGGAACAUGGUCCCACUUGUAUGGUGCUUCACCCGCUGGCUGGAAGUCCCUCCAAGACCAAACUCACGUGGCUGCUCAGCAUCGACCUCAAGGGGUGGCUGCCCAAGAGCAUCAUCAACCAGGUCCUGUCCCAGACCCAGGUGGAUUUUGCCAACCACCUGCGCAAGCGCCUCGAGUCCUACCCUGCCUCUGAAGCCAGGUGUUGAAGACCAGCCUGCUGUUCCCAGUUGUGUCCAGCUGCACUGGUGUGGACGCUCAUUUGAAGAAUCCCGCUGGAAGCCUGCAAGUCUAAGAUCUCCAUCUGGCGACAGUGGGAUGGGUGGGGUUAGUGUUCAGAGUAUGACAAGAGGAUUCAGAUUGGUAAAAGUUUUUAGUACCAAGAAAACAUGAAUGAGGCUCUUGGAUUAAAAACUAAUGUCAUUCACUGAUUAACUAUGACAUGAAGUAAUUUUAAAACUUUUUUUCUGGGUCCUUAUGUGCCCAACUAAAACCAUCUUUAAAAUGCUAGUGGCUGAUAUGGGUGCGGGGGAUACUCAUCACAGGGCCCAGGAAGUCUUCCUUUAUAGGCUCAAGAAUGCCAUGCCCUGCAGGCAGUGUGUGUGCACAAGGCAGAAUCUCAGAGGGUCUCUGGCAGCCCUCCACUGCUCCCAGUCGCCGCACAGCAACACCACAGAACAAGCAGCACCCCACAGUGGGGCCUUCCAGAAACAUAGUCCAGGCUUUCUCUAUGGAAAAAGACAGAACUAGAUAGGUUUCCCUAUUGCUUCUGUAGGUACCAGUCAGAAUAAAGAAUCAUAAUUCACACAAAAA